AAUACGUCGACCCUGAUGCUACAGCUGGGAACAUUUCUCUGAUCUUCCUAGCAACACCACACGCCACCCUCCAGCUAUCCAACAUGUCUGCUCCAUCCCUCGCUCCUUAUAUUCUCAAACGUCCGUGGUUGAAGCGGUGGAUGCUUCCUCUCGCCAACUGGUACGUUGACGCAGCCGGCUACCGACGACUAGGUCUGCGCCAUGAUGAUUUGAUCCCCGAAGAGAACGACACUGUUCAGCUGGCCCUGAAGCGACUGCCUCCCAAAGAAGCCUACGACCGCGUUUUCCGAUUGAGAAGAGCUUUCCAAUGCUCUAUUUCUCACCAGUUACUCCCCGAGGCGGAGCGGACGAAGCCAGAAGAGGACGUUGCGUACCUGUCCCCUAUCAUCGCGGAGAUUGAAGCCGAAAACAAGGAACGAGCCGACCUAGACUCCGUGGCCAUCCGCCGAGCCUAAGUUCGAACAACCGCCAAUUUCGAAGGAAUGAAAUCUAGUUAUGCGAGAUCCCUUGGGAUCCAAAGAUGGCGAUGCUUCGGGCUGCAAUGGGUAGUAUUGUACAUAUAUUGAAGACAAGACUAUGGAUCACACAUUUCCACCCGUCACGUUGUGCUCAUGACACUAACAUCGACGUCUUCUAUGCGCCACAUAUACCACAUGAACAAGCUUCGAUAUGGCGCAAACGGUUCCGAC